GAAGAUAAGGAGUACUACGCAUUAACGAACCAAAUUACCAAAACCUAAAGGAGAAAAUGGCAGCUUCGAGCAUUGGGUAUCAAAUUCAUAUUAAUGUCAAUUCUCCAAUUCUUCUUCCUUUGAGAACCAAUUUCAGUUCACUCUCUUUCACUUUCUCUAAUGCUAAAUACCCAUUAAAAUGGAAUCACAUUGGCUGCCCCAAAAUGUGUGCUCUACCAGCUGUUUCAAUAAUGGCUUCUGGAAGUUCCAGAGAGAUGCUUCCUCCUGCCCUUGAUUCCUCUUCAGAGCCACCAUCAAUCUUUGAUGGAACUCCAAAGCUUUAUAUCUCUUACUCAUGCCCAUAUGCCCAACGUACGUGGAUUGCUAGAAAUUGUAAGGGGCUGCAGGAAGAGAUUAAGUUGGUUCCUAUUGAUCUAAAGAACAGGCCAGAUUGGUAUAAGGAGAAGGUUUAUCCAGCUAAUAAGGUACCAUCACUGGAACACAACAAUGAAGUUAAGGGAGAGAGUAUGGAUCUCAUUAGAUAUAUUGACAGUAACUUUGAAGGACCUUCACUUUUCCCUGAUGAUCCUUCCAAGAGAGAAUUCGCAGAAGAAUUGUUCUCCUACUUUGACUCCUUUUACAAAGCUGUAAUUUCGUCUUUGAAGGAAGACAAAAUAAAUGAUGCCAUUGCAGCAUUUGAUUCCAUUGAGACUGCUCUUUCCAAGUUUGUUGAUGGAUCUUUCUUCCUUGGUUCAUUAAGUCUGGUGGAUAUAGCUUACGCGCCAUUCAUUGAAAGAUUCCAGCCCUUCUUGCUCGAGGUAAAAAACUAUGACAUUACAACAGGCAGGACAAAACUUGCAGCAUGGAUCAAGGAGAUGAACCAAAUUGAAGGUUAUACAGUAACUAAACGUGACCCAAAGGAGCACCUGGAGAACUAUAAAAGACGUUUCUUGGUAUAUUGCUUGUCUACUGUUUUUAUUUGA